ACUACCAUCUCAACUAAUUUCUUUCAAAUAAAUAACUGAUUCGUUUGAUGUAAAAUCAAAUAUGAUUCCAUGCCAACCCAAUUAAUAAAAUUAUAAAAUAAAAAAAAGCCUUAAUUUGGAUAUACAACACAGUGUUGAUUGGUGGUGGUGAAAUUUACAAGUAUUUGGCGGGAAUGAUGAGUACCUGCCACCAGCAACUACCUUUAACCCCAUCAUCCUCACCAACCAUAAUGAAUUCUUAAGCACCAAGAAACCCCAACCACCUUGUGAUCUCACAUCUUUCUCAUCCCAACAUUUUUUCAUUUCUUGUUUCCCCAAAUCUUUGCUAGGAAUCUAGCCAUCCUUAGAUCCCAAUAAUGGCAGUUUUGGUGAUGAUUCUUUGUGUUUUUCUGGUAACCCAUUUGUCUGUGGUGGCUGGAGAUGAUGCUGGUGAUAAUAAUGCUGCUGCUCGCGGCGGAUACCAUCAAGAGACAACAGAGCUCUGCAGUAUUGAUCUGGGCACAAUUCUUCCCCCACCAUACAACAACAUCUCCCAUCUUGUCUGCAAACCUGUUUGGAAUACAUUUCUUUUGAGGUACUCACAAAGAGAAGAAAAUGUAGUGACCAUAAUACUAUCUGCUGUUUACACAACUGGAUGGGUAGGAAUUGGGUUUUCAAAGAAUGGGAUGAUGGUUGGAUCAAGUGCCAUGGUGGGAUGGGUUAAUAAGCAAGGAGUUCCAAGAAUCAAACAGUAUUUCUUGCAGGGUGUGAAGCAAUCACAGGUCAUACCAGAUGCAGGUGAAUUACCACUCACAAAGGUUCCACCAACUGUGGUGGUUCAGGGGGCCAUGAUUUACUUGGCAUUUCAAGCCAAGUUUCAGAACAAGCUUGGUGAACAACCCAUCUUAUUGGCUUUCUCAAGCAAAUUCCCAAAUCAUCAUCACUCCCACCUGUUCGAACACGACGAUAAAACCAGCAUCAUGUUCGAUUUUUCUGGAGGUUCUGCAUCAGCUUUAACAGGAAGAUUUGUGGAGAUGAAGACGCGCCAUGGCGUAAUGGGUAUACUGGGAUGGGGACUAAUUCUUCCAGUUGGGGCAAUUGUACCAAGAUACCUAAAGCAUAAAGAUCCCUUGUGGUUUUAUCUGCACACAGUUAUUCAGUUUAUUGGAUUCAUCUUUGGCCUCACAACCGUCGUGCUUGGAGGACAACUCUACAAAGAAACACAUGCCAAUGUACCAGCACAUAGAGGCAUAGGAAUCUUUGUUCUUUUUCUUAGCAUCCUUCAGAUUCUGGCAUUCUUUCUACGGCCAAACAAGGACGCCAAGGUUCGCAAGUACUGGAAUUGGUACCAUCACUGGUUUGGAAGGAUUGCUCUCUUCUUUGGAUCUCUAAACAUAGUGUUGGGGAUGAGACUAGCAUAUGCAGGACCUGCGUGGAAAAUAGGGUAUGGAUUCGUCCUUGGUGUGAUCUUAUUGACAGUAAUAGUUCUAGAAAUCUUAUCAAGGAUGAGCCGAUCGGAAAAGAUCGAUCGAACUCCAGCCUUCCAAAUGAAUCCAGUGCCAUGAGACAUUUGUGUUGCUUCCCUGCUUUGUGCUAGUGAUUUUUUCAAGACUACUUUGAUGGAACUUUUGGCUAUCCAAGAAAUGUAAGGAAUGUGCAGCCAUACAUGCAUCAAAACCAUAUAUCAAUGAAUCUAUGACCUGGU